AUUAAUUGCAAGAGGCGCGUCUGAAAGGAGACUAACACGUCAACACAAAAACACGUGUGUGGGACUGAAACGAAACAGCAAUGUCUUCCCGUUCGAAAUCGAGAGAAAAGAAUGUGAAAGAUGAAGAAAAAGACGUCGAGAAUGACGAAGCGAUGGAGAUUGACAAGGAGUUGCUGUCUGCUCCAAUAAAAGCUGUUAAGGAUAAGUGGAAGCUUCUGCCGGCCUUCCUCAAGGUGCGCGGAUUGGUCCGUCAGCACAUCGACUCCUUCAACUACUUCAUCAAUGUAGAGAUCAAGAAGAUCAUGAUAGCAAAUGAGAAGAUUACUAGUGAUGCUGAUCAAACAUUCUACAUGAAGUAUCUGAAUAUUUACGUUGGGAGCCCUGACGUCGAGGAGAGCUUCAAUAUCACCAAGCCGACCUCACCCCACGAGUGUCGUCUGCGUGACAUGACCUACUCCGCCCCCAUCACGGUCGACAUCGAAUAUACUAGAGGGCAGCAGAGGGUCAUCAGAAAUAACCUGCCGAUAGGAAGGAUGCCCAUCAUGCUGCGGAGCUCCAACUGCGUGCUGACCGGCAAGUCUCCGGCCGAACUGGCCAAGCUCAACGAAUGCCCCCUUGACCCCGGAGGCUACUUCAUCGUCAGGGGAACGGAGAAGGUCAUCCUCAUUCAGGAGCAGCUCUCCAAGAAUAGGAUGAUAGUGGAGGUGGAUCGGAAGGGUAUCGUGUCCUGCAAUGUAACCAGUUCCACCCAUGAGAGGAAGAGUAGAACGGUUGUGAUCGUGAAGAAGGGCAAGCAUUACUUGAAGCACAACACCUUCACAGAGGACAUUCCGAUUGUGGUGAUCUUCAAGGCCAUGGGGAUGGAGAGUGACCAGGAGAUUGUCCAGACCAUCGGGACAGAGGAAUCUACGAUGGUCAGCUUUGCUUCAAACCUGGAGGAAUGCCAUAAAAUACAGGUCUACACACAACUACAGGCUCUGAAGUACAUGGGAAUGAAAGUGCGUCAGAGGAGGAUGUGGGGAGGAGGCUCUAAGAAGUCCAAGGUUGAUGAAGCAAGGGAACUACUAGCUACUACCAUCCUUGCCCAUAUACCUGUCGUGCAGUUCAAUUUCCGAGCCAAGAGCAUCUACCUGGCGCUGAUGGUGAGGAGAGUGAUAGAAGCCCAAGGUGAUGCAGUCAAGGUGGAUGAUAGGGAUUACUAUGGCAACAAGAGAUUGGAGCUGGCAGGCCAGCUUAUUGCACUUCUCUUUGAGGAUCUCUUCAAGAAGUUCAACUCUGAACUCAAGAAGUAUGCUGAUCAGAACAUUCCCAGACCCAGAGCUGCUCAGUUUGAUAUCGUCAAGUAUAUGAGACAAGACCAGAUUACAAACGGACUCAUCACAGCGAUAUCCACGGGUAACUGGUCUGUGAAGCGUUUCAAGAUGGAGAGAGCUGGAGUGACGCAGGUUCUAUCCAGACUCUCCUACAUCUCAUGCUUGGGGAUGAUGACAAGAAUAUCCAGUCAGUUUGAGAAGACCAGAAAAGUGAGUGGUCCCCGUUCCCUUCAACCAUCCCAGUGGGGCAUGCUGUGCCCAUCUGAUACUCCUGAAGGAGAGGGAUGUGGAUUGAUCAAGAACCUUGCGCUCAUGACCCACAUCACAACGGACAUGGAGGAGGCCCCCAUUGUCAAGUUAGCAUUCAACUUGGGGGUGGAGCCUGUGCAUCUCAUGUCGGGGGAGGAGCUUAGCAUGAAAGAUGUCUACGUCGUCUUCCUCAAUGGUAACAUCUUGGGUGUGGUCAGAGAGCACAAGAGGUUGAUGCGUACCUUCCGUCUGGUGAGAAGGGCGGGGUACAUCAGUGAGUUUGUCUCCAUCUGUCCAAACCACGCCCAGAGAUGUGUCACCAUUGCAUCAGAUGGAGGGAGGGUGUGCAGACCUUACAUAAUUGUUGAGAAUCUCAAACCGAGGGUGCUGGACAAGCACAUGACAGAGCUCUCGCAAGGCUUCAGAAGCUUUGAAGACUUCUUGAGGGAGGGGCUGGUUGAGUACCUUGACGUCAACGAGGAAAAUGACAGCUUGGUGGCGCUCUACGAAACACACAUCUCAAAAGAGACAACUCACCUUGAGAUAGAGCCAUUCACCAUUCUUGGUGUGUGUGCUGGACUGAUCCCCUACCCCCAUCACAACCAAUCUCCCAGGAAUACCUACCAGUGUGCCAUGGGCAAGCAAGCCAUGGGUACCAUAGCUUACAACCAGCGGAAUCGCAUAGACACGCUGAUGUACCUACUGGCCUACCCCAUGGCACCGCUUGUCAAAUCCAAGACGAUAGAUCUGAUAGGGUUUGAUAAGCUUCCAGCAGGUCAGAACGCUGUGGUAGCUGUCAUGAGUUACAGUGGGUAUGACAUAGAGGAUGCACUCAUUCUCAACAAGGCUUCUGUCGACAGAGGUUUUGGUAGAUGUCUGGUGUACCGUAACACCAAGUGCACGUUGAAGCGGUAUGCUAAUCAGUCAUUCGAUCGUCUGAUGGGACCUAAGCUCGAUCCGUUGUCACGGCAACCCAUUUGGAGGCACCGCAUCCUUGAUGCAGAUGGAGUUUGUGCUCCAGGAGAGAGAGUGAUCAACAAACAGGUCUUGCUCAAUAAGUCCAUGCCAGUGGUCAACAUGAAUCCUCUUCAAGCCAGCCCAACCAACCAGCCUCAACAACACGACUACAGAGAGGUGCCAAUCACGUACAAGGGAACUGCCGACUCCUACAUUGAGAAGGUCUUGGUCACAUCUAACCCAGAAGAAGCAUUUCUCUUCAAGGUUCUCCUGAGGCAGACGAGGAGACCGGAGAUUGGAGACAAGUUCAGCAGCAGGCAUGGACAGAAGGGAGUGUGUGGUCUUAUCGUUCAACAAGAAGACAUGCCAUUUGAUGAGAGGGGGAUCUGUCCAGAUAUCAUCAUGAACCCUCAUGGCUUCCCCUCCCGUAUGACAGUGGGCAAGCUCAUUGAGUUCCUCGCAGGCAAGGCUGGUGUACUGGAAGGAAAGUUCCAUUACGGCACAGCUUUUGGAGGAGACAAGGUUGUCGACAUCUGUGAGGAUCUGAGGAAGCAUGGUUUCAACUACCUGGGCAAAGACUUCCUAACAUCUGGUAUUACAGGAGAGCCUCUGACAGCGUACAUCUACUUCGGGCCUGUCUACUACCAGAAGUUGAAGCACAUGGUCUUGGAUAAGAUGCACGCCAGAGCCAAAGGACCAAGAGCUGUCCUCACCAGACAACCUACAGAAGGAAGAGCUAGAGAUGGAGGCUUGCGAUUGGGCGAGAUGGAACGCGACUGUCUGAUUGGCUACGGAGCCAGCAUGCUGCUCCUUGAGCGUCUUAUGAUCUCCAGCGACCAGUUCCAGGUGGAUGUGUGCGGAGACUGCGGGCUUAUCGGUCAUUCGGGAUGGUGCCCAUAUUGCCAUUGCUCUCAGAACAUCUCCUCGUUGAGGAUACCAUAUGCAUGCAAGCUGCUCUUCCAAGAACUCCAGUCGAUGAACAUCAUACCAAGAUUAAGGCUCAAGAAAUACACAGAGUGAUACCAAACUGCUCUGUCAAGAACUUCAGUCUCUGAACAUUGUACCAUGAUAAAGUUGAAGAAGUACACAGAGUGAGAUGCAGAGAGAUAUCGGAAUGGGAGGACAUUGUAGAUGAAAUGUGGUCCAUGAACAAUUUGAAAAACUAUGGAGGAGAAAUAAUAUGACUGAAACCUCAACAAAUAUUUGGAAUACGAGAAAGUAAUGUACAAGUAUACAAGAUGCUAUUGCAGUUGGUGAUCUCAGUUUGAUUGAAGUUGAAGAAAUACAUAGAAUGAUUGGAGGACAUUUUAGAGGAGAGCAGUUCGUGACGGUUGUGCCAGCACUAUGGAGGUGUGAAGUCCGAUAAAAAUUACUCUAACAUCAGCAAGUACUUGGCUAUAAAAAUAACAUGAAAAGAGACAUUUCAGAUAUAUACUUAGCUAUUUCUCUGUUAAUUCAGUCUAUGAACAUUGUACCAAGGCCUGAACUCACAGUGAGAUGCACAGAGAUUGUAAUGUGACUGGAGAAUUUUGAAGAUCUAGGCAUUGCAUGAACACCAUCCAGAGACAACGGAGGGUUAGAAGACUAUGUGAAAGACUAUACCAUAACAAGGAGGCGCAAUAGCUCAGUGAGGACCGGGACCGGGACCGGGAGGUCCUGGGUUCGAAACCAAGUCAAUGUGCUAGUGCCCUUUGACGAGGCAUUAAUGCUCAUUACCAAGUAACAAAGACAGAUAAUGGAGACGGUGCAGUGCUUUUAGUCCAAGAUUUAAUUAUCAUUCCUGACCAUUUUCUUCAUUGACAAAUCAAAAGUGAUGCCAAUUUGAAAAAUGGUCAGUAAGGGCUCAGGUUCAGAAAGGACUCAGCAAAACCAUGCUGCUUUUUUUUUGAUGACCUAAAGUGUAAUGUGCUUUCACAUUUCUGUAUCUUUUAACACAGAGCUCAGUGAAUAUGCCCAGGACCUUUGUUGCCUGACAUUUUUUUUUUUUUUUGCGGGUUACCUAUAUCUGCAUGAGCCUUAAAUGUUUGAUUUCUUGAAAGUGGAAUAUUGCUACUUUUUAAAGUGCUGCCCUUUUUUAUAAUUUUAAGAUUAUGGAAGGCCUUGUGAAGGAAUAAGAAAACAAAGACAAGCU